UUUUUAUUGACAAAAUUUUUUGAACAUUUGGAUUAACGUUGUAAAAUGGGUGUGAUUUGUUGUAAGACAAAAAAAUACACAGAAACACAUUUAGAAUCCUGUGAACAAGAAAAAGAUGAAAAAAUGAAUACUUGUAUUUCUUCUAAAAAAAAUAAAUCAAAAUCAUCAAAAAAAGGGUAUACACUUUCAAAAGAGAAAAAUACAGAAAAAGCGGAACAUGAUAUUAGUAUUUUAAGGGAAGCAGCAGCAAAUGCAGCACAAGCAAGAUUUGAAAAAAACAAAAAUAAAGGAAUAUCUAGUCCGGGUAAACUUUCUUCUCAGUUAGCAGCAGAAAAAAAAAAAACCCGUAUAGAACUAUUAGAAGAUAUUUCACGGGAGAAACAGAUAGAAAGAGAUCAAAAACAAAUGAAUGAUCUAAGAUGGGAUUAACUUGUCAUAAUAAAUAUUAGAUUUCAUACAAAAAAAAUUAAA